ACCACCAGACUGGAUAUCCAACACCCUUUGUUUUUUUCUUUGGGGAAUUUUGUCGGACACUUUGAUGGCAAGCAAUAGAGACGAGCCUCUGACCUUCUUGAACGUAUCAACGUCUUCUUCUGUAGUUGUUUCUGAAGGAGACAGUUCUCAGAUUGGGAGUGCUUCUGGAAGUUUUCAGAACGAGGGAUUCUUGGGUGGCUUUGAUGGCGGCGAUGAAGAUUUCGGAUUCUCGCGAUCUGAGUUCCGGCAGAGUCUUCUUGUAGGAACUGUCAAGUACUACGAACGCCAUGUGUUUUUGUGCUACAAGAAACCGCAAGUGUGGCCUCCUCGGAUCGAAGCUGCUGAGUUUGAUCGGUUGCCGAGGCUUUUGUCUGCUGCUCUCACCUCCAGGAAGGGUGACAUGAAGAGGCAGACCCGCCUGACUAUAUGUGAGGGGCAUGAUGGAACUGAGACAUCCAAUGGAGAUGUUUUGAUCUUUCCAGACAUGAUCAGAUACAGGCGGCUGACACAUUUUGACGUCGACACAUUUGUGGAAGAAGUUCUUGUAAAAGAUGGUGAAUGGUUGCCUGGAAGUCCUGAAGCACUAAGAGGAUCAUACAUUUUUGUAUGUGCUCAUGGUGCAAGGGACAAAAGAUGUGGUAUCUGUGGGCCUGCACUUGUUUCUAGAUUUAAAGACGAAAUAGAAUUGCGUGGUCAUCAAAGUAAAGUGUCUGUUCGGCCAUGCUCGCACAUUGGGGGCCAUAAGUAUGCAGGAAACGUGAUUAUAUUUGGAUCAAACAACCAUGGGAAAGUGACGGGUCAUUGGUAUGGAUAUGUUAUGCCUGAUGAUGUACCCACAUUGCUUGAACAACACAUUGAGAAAGGUGAAAUUGUAGACUGGCUUUGGAGGGGACAGAUGGGUCUAUCCGAAGACGACCAAAAGAAAGCCCAAGAACAAAGGGUUAUAGCGAACGGUGGUGGCAACAUGGACCAAAGCUUAAAAGAUUCAGCACCACACACAGAUGAGAUUUAUAGUCAUCCAGAUGGAUCCCAGGUGGAGGAUGCUGGUUGUUGUCAGGCCAACGAAAGUUCCACCUGCUGCCGCAGUCCUAAACUGCCUGAAAAUCCGGCAAAUUUCAAUCUUGAUACCAAAGAGAAGAGAAAGGGAAGCAAGAAUCAAAUUUCUAUCAACGUUGGUAACGGAGGUUCUGCACCACAUAAGGUAUGCACCAUGCCAACAUGGCUCGAGACCUGGGAGAGCGAAGAUGUAUAUGCAGCUCUCGCACUUAUUGGUGCUGCGGUCUCGGUUGCGGUUGCGUAUAACUGCUACAGACAGUUGGGCUAAUUGUGUUUUUUUCCGUAUUUUUAAUGCAUGUUUGUGAAAUAUCCAUGUUUUUGCAUAUGUUAAGAUUAAAUAUGAAUGCAAUUAAGGUAGAAAAUAUGUGUCAGAAUCAGGUAUUAUUUUCCUGAUUCUUUGCUAGUUUGCUCCACUGCUGCUGGAUUUGCAAUUUGAAUAAAUUUGCCUAUUUUUCCAA